AUGUCUCCAACUAAGAUUGCAGCUACCCAAGGUGAUCCUGAACUGAAAAUGUCAGCAAGAAAAGUUCUUAAGCAUCUUAUUGAUUCCCGAGGACUUAUUCCAACUCAAUGCUAUAUACCAACCUUGCUGGAAAACCUAAAGAAGAUAUUUGAUUUCGGAAGAAGGUCAGCUUUUGAAAUUCGGAGAUCCCUUUCUUAUCUUGAAGAAACUACUAGUGUUUAUGCUUAUGCCGAUAAAUUUUUCUCUAUCUGUGGUGAAUUUGUUGAUGAAGAGCUUGGUGAUCCAGAGAUUAUCGCCACAUUUAUUGGCGGCUUGAAGCCCUAUAUUAAAGCAGCUAUUCGUGCUAAGGAUGGCACUACUAGCAAUCUUAUGGAAACUGUUGGGUUAGCCAAAGAUUUAGACACUUGGAAUUCUCAUUAUACUUGUCUGGGAGAAGGAAAUAUAUUGAUCGUGAUGAAACAUCUUUUAGCAGAGACAAUUAAGCUGAAAACCAUUGAUUCUGAUACUGAUUGA